AUGAAAAAAAAAAAAUUUAGGGUGACCUUUUUGAGUUUACUAUUUGCCUUAUUUGGUAUAAGUCAUGAGAUAGAAGAUAAGAAUGCAUUAAAUAAAUUCAAAUAUAAUGAUAACAAUUUAUUAUUUUAUUCAAAUAUAGAAGAAAGUAAAGAAUUAGAAAAUAAUUCUAUAAUAAGAUACAAUAAUAAAGGAAAAGAGAAAUAUAAAACUUUUAAUAAUUUAGGCGAAAAUAGAUACAAUAAAAGAAGUAAGAAAUUUAGAAAUGUAAAUAUAAAAGCAUCGCAUUCUCCUAGAAGUAUAUCAUCUGUUAAGUUAGGAAAUUCUAAUGAAAAUACAAAUGCAUCAUAUUUUUCUUAUAUAAAAAAAAAUACUCCAUAUUCCUCAAAUACAUAUAUUAUUAAAGAAGAAAAUGGAAAAGAUAAAGUAAAUGGAAUUACAAAUUCUUUUAUUCACACGGCAAGCAUAAGGUCAAUUGAAUCAGAUACUUUGAAGGAAUACGAUUCUUUUAUGAGAUUAAUUGACGAAAAACUUACUAACGCUAAAAAUUCAUAUAUAAUUUCAAAUUCUUAUGGUGAGUUAAAAUCCUUUUUUAAUGAUUCUCACAGGACUAAAUUUGUAAGACAUUCGUCAAAUGUGGUUUCAACGCUCAUUGAUUGUGAUUUUAAUCUUAUAAAAUUCUGCAAAAAUUCUAAAGUAGAAAUGAGAAAAAAAUUUUAUGAUUUAUUGUUACUUUCAGAAGAUGCAGAAAAAAGAGACUUAUUUAACAAUGAUCUUCGCCUUUUUAAAUCAAAAAUAAAUGAGGAUAUAAAAGCUGCAACUAAUUAUUAUAAUGAAUGUAAAAAGAAGGAUGAGAAGGCUUUUCUUUUGGUAGAUAAUUACAUAAAAAAAGAAUUUUGUAAUAACCAAGGAUGCAAUCCUUAUAAAUGUAGUUCACGUGUAUGUACUUAUGUAUUACUGCAUAUGUAUAAAAAAGUUAUUAGAUAUUAUUUAGUUGCAAGAAAAUUACAUAAAGAAGAUGAAAACUUUUUACGAGAAGUUGAAAAUUUUUUGAAUUACGAUAAAAUAUUAUUAAGAAUUAAGGAAGAAAGUUUUUGUAAAAAAAAAGCUAAAAAUUCUUUAAAGGUUAUAAUAGAAGAAAUUAUGGAUAUAAAAGAUAACUAUAAAAAAAAUAUAGAUGCUAUACGUUACAAUUAUGAAAUGUUAGAUAUUGCAGAGAAAAAUUCAAAUAAUAAAAGUUUUAAAAAGUCUACCAUUACAAGAGAUCUUAGUUAUAUUACAUCAUUAGGUAUGGGACUUCAUCAUUAUAAAAUAUGGAAUGAAAAAUUAAAGCAACUUUUUUAUGUAUUUAAAAGCGAUACUUAUAGUAUAUAUAUAAAAGAAGUACAAAAUUUUGGAAGGGAAAUAAUAUUAUUAACUUAUCCUGAAAGUGUAAAAUCAGAGAGUGAACAAAUUAUUUUAAAUUCUCAGGAAAUAUUUAAUAAUAUAAAAAGCAUAAUUGGUAAAUAUGUGGAAAGCUUAGAAUAUUUAUCACGUGCUUAUAAUAGUCCAGAAAUUAUUAGCAUCCAAAAUGAACUCAAUACAUUAUGUGGUGAAUUAUCUUUGUAUAAUACCAGAGUGGAGGAAAAAAUGAAUUUGCUGAAUGAAAAGUAUAACUCUAUUAAAUCAAAGCCCAUUAAUAUAGAAAAAUUAAAGAGUGAAUUGCCACUAAGUAAAGAAAAUAAUUUAACUGAUGUUACAGAGAAAAUUUUAAGUAUAAAAAAAAAUAUUGAAAAUAUUAUAGCAACAGCAAGUGAUGAUCUUAGUAUAUUAAGAGAUAAUUAUAGUGAUUUACAAAGAUUAAAAAAUGAAAUUAGCAGCUUAGAUAAACAAAUUAAUGAAAAAAAAAGCAAUCUACAAAAAUUAAAAGGACAAGAGGAUAAAAACAAACAAAUUUCCAUACAAAAAAUAAGACAAUUCUUGGAAGAAAUGAGCAACAAAAAAAAUGAUUUACAGUUAAUUAUUAAUUUAAAAAGUAGUGAAAAUAAAGAUCUUAAAAUUAUUGAAAUAUUAAUAAAUGAAACAUCCUUUAAUGAUGAAAAAUAUCUAAGAGAAAAACAGGAAGUAAACGAAAAAAUUGACUCAGCAUUAAGAUCUUUAUUUGAAGAUGGAAUGCUAGAAAAAUUAUUUGAAGAAAUAUCACAGUUUAUAGCUGAAAAAAAAUCACUAAAUUAUGAAAAUUAUAGUUUAGAUAGAAUUAAUGAGCUUCUUGAGGAUACAACAAAAAAGCACACUAAAAUAGUUCAAGGAGUAAAGGACGCUUCGUCAAUUGUAGAGAAUGAUAUAAAACCCGCAAAUAAUAAAAUUAUAGAUCUUAAGAAUAGUAUUAUAACAAAAUUACUUGAUGAUUUGCACAAAAAAAUGAAUAACUCAUUAAGUGACUUUAAUAGAAUAUCUAAUUUAGCAUCUACAAAUAUAGAUAACUAUGAAGCAAACAAGGAUACACUUAAAAGUUAUGAAAAUAAUAUAGUAAGGAGAAAAAAUGAAUUCCUGAACAAUUUUUUUGAGGACGAUAAUGAUGUACUAGAAGGAACAAAUAUCUUUCAAAAAACAUUAGACCUUGAAAACACAAUUUUUGAUAAUAAAAAUGAAAUUAAAAAACAAAUUAGUGAUGAAGAAGAUUCUGUAAACACUAUAAGAGAGCAUUUAGAUCUUUACAAUAAAUUAAAUCUAUACUUCGAUAUAUGCCCAGACACUAAAAUUGUUGAUAAUAUUAAAUCUAUAAAAGAACAAAUUGACAAGAUAAACGUUCAUAAUAAAUUAAGUGAGCAUCAGAUGAAGUUUAAUAAUGCAACUACCUCAAUUGAAAGUAGUAUAAACCUAAUCAAUUUUUCAAAUUCAGUUAUUGAAUCUUCUAAAAUUUUAAAUAAUAUUAUAAAUGAAUCCAAUAAAAACAAAUUACUAAUUGAUAAUUUAAAAGAAAAUGCUGAUACUUUAAGAGAUAAAAUAAUUAAAGAAACUAUUAUAAUAAAUGGAGAACAUUUAAUAGAAGAAAAUAUAAAAGCUAAAUAUUUAAGUAAAUUAAAAGAGAAAGAAAGCGAUACAGAUGAUAAAAUACAUAAAGUUAAUGAUCUAGGGGAAAAAUCAAAUGCAAUUCUGCAACUAUCUAAAAAAUUAAAAGAAAAUGUUCGUAAUGCUCCUACCGAGGAAAAUGUUAAAACUCUUUCAGAAAGUAUAUCAAGGAAAAAAGUUGAUUUGAGAGAUAUUAUAGAUAAAAUAAAUGAAACAAAAUUAUCAGUUGCAUCAUUAAAUUUAGAAAUUGAUAACAUAAUUAAUAUCCAAAAUACCGAAAUUUCGAAUUUAUUUCAUAAUCGUAUAAUUGAAUUAGAUCAACAAAUAAAUGAUGAAACAGAAAAAAAUAUAGAUAUAUUAGAGAGAACUAAGAGAAAUUCUGAAAAUUACAAUUCUGAAAAUGAUAUAAAAAACCUUAUUAAGGAAAAUAAUAAAGAAAUGCUAAAAAAAGCAUCUCAACUUAUUAUCAAUCUUAUAGAUAUAAUUGAAUCACAUAAAAAUAAAUUAGUAAGUAUUAAAAGUGAAUCUAAAGAACAAGUGAAUUUAUCAAAUUAUCAAAAACACAAUAAUGAAAACUCAAAAGAAAAAAAAGAUAAUAUAAAAAAAAUUUAUGAAAAAAUGAACGAUAUUAUGGAAAGAUUAAAUGCAGAAAAAGAGAAAUUAAAACCUUCGUUAAUAGAUAUAAAUAUAAAAGUAUUAGAUUAUAAAAAAAUAAUAAUACAUGAUAUCAUAUUUCAAAUUAACGAUGAGAAAAAGAAGUCUGAAGAAAAAAUAGAGGCAAUUAAUUUAUAUAAAGAAAAAAUUGAACAAUUAAAAAAAAAUUCAAUGAUUAUGACAUUAAAUGGAUUGGAAAAUCUUAAUUAUGAAGAUUAUAUUAGAAAAUCUCAAGAAAAUCAAAAAAAAAUAAUAAUGUUAUAUCAAGAGGUUACAACAAUAAAUGAACAAAUCUCCAGUAUUACGCCAGAAGAUAAUAUUGAUAAUAUUAAAAUAAAUAUUGAACAUAAAUUGAAGGAUAUCAAAAAGGAAAAAAAUGAUAUAGAUCAUGCAUUAAAUGAAAUUAAAAAUAUGGAAAAAAUGUUAAUGAAUACAAAUUUUACUAAUAUUAUGGAAGAUAUGAAAAGAGAUACACAACUAUCUAAGAAAGAAGAAGAAAAUGCAAAAGAGCAAUUUACCAAGUCAGAAACUAUAAAUAAAGAAAUAUUAAGUGAUAUUAAAAAGGUGCAAGAGCUAAAAGACUUACUUAUAAGUAACCAAGAUGAAGCAUCUAUUGAUGGAGCUAUAAAGGAAAUUAAAAUUAUUAAGGAUCGUGUUACAACUAAUGAAGAAAAUAUAAAUGACUUUUUAACAAAGGCCGAAGAACAUAAAGAAGCUACAAAAAUUUAUUUUAAUAAUAUAAAAAGGGGAAAAAAUAAAAUGGAAUAUUUAAAACAUCACGAUCAACAUGAAAAAAAAAAAAUAACAGAAAAUAUAAUAGAUUCAAUAAAUAAAUAUGUGAAUGAAUCUGAAGAAUGUUUAAAUAAUGCAGAAAAGCAUUUUCUAGCAACACGUAAAAAUUGUGAAUUAUCUUCACAAUAUAAACAAAAUAUGAAUGAUCUUUUUUAUGAAUCUUUAUUCUUAGCGGAAAAAAUGAAAAUUGAAAUGAAAAAAAGUUAUGUAACAAAUAUAUUUUCAGGAAUUAAAGAUGAAUAUACUAGUAUUCAAAAAUUAUUAGAAAAAUUAGGUAAAAGACUAAAUAUACUAAAAGAAGAUGUAAAUAUAGAGGAAGAAUAUGAAGCAAAUAAUGGGAAUUCUACAGAAGCAUAUUCCCAAAUUCAAAUUAUAAGAACAAAUGCAAAUAAUGUUCUAUUAAAUAUGGAGGAAAUAAAACAAAGAGUACUAGAAAUUUUAAAUAAUUCUCAAAAUGAAGUUGAAUCAAUUCCAACAUAUUCUGGAAGAGAUGAAUUUACUCUGAGUAACUUAGAGAUAAAGCAAAAUGAUUUAAGAAUUGUUUCAGAAAUUUUAGAAAAGCUAGAAAAAAAAAAAAGCACGUUAAACAUUGAAUUAACAAAACUAAAAGACAUAGAAACUAAUGUUAGUAGUAUGGAAGGUGAAAUGGAAAUAUCUAAAAAAUCCUAUGAAGAAGGAAUUCUUAAAAAAAUAAAGAAAAUAGCAUAUCAAAAGAAAGAAGCCAUAGAAUCCUUAAAAAAAUCAAUAAAUUUAAUUAUUAGCACAACAGUGACCUUCUUUAGGGAGUCUUCAGCAAAAAAAAAAGAUGUUGAACUCAUAUUUGAAGAACAUAAGAAUACAAUGAAUACUAUAUGUGAAUCAUUUGAUAAAUCAUAUGAAGCUAUAGAAAGCUCUAUAUUGUGUAUUUUAGACGUAUCUACAACUUACAAUGAUAUGAAAGAGAAAAAAAAAAAAGCCCAAAUAGAAAUAAAAAAACUUGAAGAACAAGAAAGGGAAUUGGAAAAGUUGAUGGAUAAUAUAAACAAUGCUAAAAAAAAAGAAGUUUUAAGAUUUAUAUUUGAUAUGAAGGAAGAGUUACAUAAAAUGAAUGAAAAAUCUGAAGAAGAGAAUUUUCAAGUAAGGGAAAAUGUAGAAAGUAUUAAAAGGAAUAUUGAAAAUAUUAAAAAUUCAGAUAAUGUAAGUUCUGCAUUGAAUGAAUUGAAUGAAACAAAAAUCAAAUAUAGUGAAAUAAAAAAAAGACAACUAGAGCAUUCCUCUUAUAAAGAUAAAGCAAAUAAUGUUUACGAGGAAAUAGAUAAAGCAGCAAAAUUUAUAGGUAUAGAUAUAGAAACGGAAACAAAAUUUGAAGGUUACGAAAAUAUAAUUAAUGCAAAACAAACUAUUUUAAAAAUUCAGGAAAUUUCAAGCGAUAUAAACAUAAAAUUAGAGGAGAGUGAAAAUAUUAAUAUUUUAGCCGACAAUAUUUAUGAACAAGCAAAAUUAAGAGAUGAGUUAAAAAAAAAAACAAAAUAUAUGAUAAAUAAAAUUGAUGAUAUUUUAGGCAAAGUGCAAGGUGCACAUGAAAAAUAUGAAAAAAUAAAAGAGAUAAAUAUUGAUAAUGAAUACUAUGAUGAAAUUUUAAAAAAAGAUAAAGAGUAUGAAAAUUUUAAAAAACUAUCAACUUCUUAUUUAAGUGAAUUAAAUAAAAUUGAUAGAGAAUUAAAAAUUAAUACAAUAAAAACUGAACUUAAUGAUAAUAAGGAUUCUUUAAAUAAUUUAGAACAAAUUAUUGAAAAAUCAAAAAUGGAAGAAUCUUCUCUGACAGUAUUAGAAAAAGCCAAGAAUGAUAUCGAUACAAUUACGGAAAAAAUAAACAAUAUGCAUGAUAGUGUUAUAGAAGUAGAAACAUCUUUUAAUGAAUUACUAGAACAAGGAAAAAACUGUAAAUUAUCUUUAAAAUCAUUAAUAAUUACAACUAUUAAUGUUGAAAUAUCAAAAGAAUUGUUAACUAUUCAAAAAAAAAAGGAGAAUUCCACAUCAUGCGUAGAAUACAUAAAAAAUGUCUACAGCUCCAUUACUAAUGAUAUUAAUAGUUUGAACAAAAGUUAUAAUGAAAAUCACUUAAGUAUUUAUAAAUCGAACAAUGUUGAAAAUGCAAAUAAUUUUUCAGAAGAAUUUAAAAGAAAAGAAGGAGAAAUAAUGAAAAUAAUUGAAGCUAUUCAGAAUUCAAUUCUAGAAGUAGAUGAUAAUAAAAAUAUAAAUGAAUUGGAUGGGAAAUUAAAAGAAUUAAAAAACCUUUAUAAAAAAUUCAAAGAAGAAGAAAUGUGCAUAAAUGAUAUUUAUAAAAAUAUCAAUUACACCCAACUAAAAGAAAUGGAAAAAAUUUCUGAGAAAUUUAUUGAUUUAGCAAAAUCACACGAAAAUAUUAUAGAAACUCAAAAACAUAAAUUUUUAAACAAUCAAAAUAAAUUAAAGGAAAUUGAAGAUUUUACAAAGAAAAAAGAACAAGAAAUGCUUCUCACUGAAAAUACAAAUUCAGAUUAUUUGCAAAAAAUUAAUAGUAUUUAUGAAGAGAUUACGCAUAAAGUUACAAAAUUAAAUGAAUUUGAGAAUGAUAAUAGUAGCGAAAACAAUAAAAUGAUCUUAUAUGAAGAAAAAAUUUCUUAUUUAAUAGAAAGAACAAAAUCAAUAUUGAAAGAUAUAGAGCAGUACCAAUAUGAAAACGAUUAUGAUUUAUUAGAAGUAAGAGAGAGGACAUUAGAAGAUGUUAAUAAUUAUAAAAAAGAAAUUAAGAAAAAAAUAAGUGAAUCAAAAGAAAUUUUUGAGAAUAUAAAAAAUAAUAUAGAGAAAAAUAAAGGACUUUUUCAGGAAAUUAGUUAUGCUAUUUCGUCUAUUCAUGUUAUUAUAAAAAGUUUAAAUCAAAUGAAAACAAAUCAUCAAAGGAAAUCAAUUGAACAAGAGGAAAGUACAGAAAAUCAUUUAGAGAAAAGUAUAAAAAAUCAUUUAGAGGAAAGUACAAAAAAUCAUUUGGAGGAAAGUACACAAAAUAAUUUAGAGGAAAGUACACAAAAUAAUUUAGAGGAAAGUACACAAAAUGAGUUAGAGAAAAGUACAGAAAAUAAUUUAGAGAAUAGUACAGAAAAUCAUUUAGAGAAAAGUAUAAAAAAUCAUUUAGAGGAAAGUACAAAAAAUCAUUUGGAGGAAAGUACACAAAAUAAUUUAGAGAAUAGUACAGAAAAUCAUUUAGAGAAAAGUACAGAAAAUCAUUUAGAGGAAAGUACAAAAAAUCAUUUGGAGGAAAUUUCAAAAACAGAAAAUACAGGUGUUUCAAUAAGAAAUAAUAUUAACAAAAAUUUUCAUCAUGGUAAAAGUCAUCAAGAAUCAAAUGAAAAGGAUGAAAAAAAGAAAAAAAGUAAUUUUGUUAAUGAAACAGUUAGAAUCGCAGGGGGAAUAUGUGGUGGUUUAUUGGUAUGUUCAUGUGUUAUUUUUUCUAUUUUAUAUAAAAAUGAAAACUCGGAAAAUGAUUUUGAUGAUAAUGAUGUACUAGAGUAUGAAAAUUGUAGUCACUUGGGUGAUUCAUGUCAAAAAGAUGAAACUAUAGAAGUAAAUUUUGUUGAAGAGGAAAACUUUUAA